CUUGAUUUUGAAUCAUAUCUUUUAACUGGUAUCUUUAUACAGUGUUACAAAGGCAAUGUAGUAACAUCAUCAUCCUUCAUCAUCACCAUCAUCUCUCUUGGGCAUUAUCAACAGAGCAAUGCUGAACAGGGACUACAAUGAAACAACAAUAGAGCUGGAAUCAGGAAAAAUAACAAUGUCAGAGCUACGGAAAGAGAUAAUGACAGGAGCACGGACAGGGGCACAGACAGGGAUGGGGACAGAGACAGGAGUAGAGAUCGAAGCAAACACUGUCAAUAGCAUCCAACCUCUCAAACAAUAUGCACUAUACAUUCCGGAAAUCGUCUCCAUGAUCGUCUCUCACCUUGAACCGACUGACAUUCUCUUUUGUCGUGGAGUCUGCCAGGAUUGGCGUCGGAUUUUCUCGCCUUUUCUGAAGCUCCAUGCAAUCUAUUGCAACUACGGUUUACAUACUUACAAGACUAGAUUUGAGGCACAUCUGGAAACCUUAGGGAUGUAUAUUCAGUCAUUAAAGCAGGUGUAUCCUGACCAACCAGACCUGGAAAGGAUCCAGCGGACAUGUCCAAAUCUGAAGCAUUUGGGACUUUUUUUAAGGGCAAAGAGUAAGCUGGAUAAACAGGUCAUCAUCAAGUUUUUUCAAACUAUGGCUCAGCUGGAGCGAAUUGAUCUCUUUUCGCAUCGUGAUCAUCUAGUGAGCGAAUUGCUGUCUCUUUUGGUCUCAUCUUAUCAACUGGCUUCUCAGGCCUCUGUUGUCUCAAGUAAUCCCAACAGUAUGACAUCUCCAACAGCACUCAGGAUACUGGAUAUUGGAAACGCAGCACACUCCUUGACAUUUCCAAGCAUGGAAUGGGGUUCCUUAGAGAAUGUGAUGAAAACACACUCACACUUGAAGGAGCUUAUACUUCGAGAGGCAUUCAUUUGGGAACGAUCAAAAACCGAAAAGAUCCGUUCAAAUAGCCUGUUGACUAGAGCACUAAUAAGAGCACCUUUAUCACGCUUAUGGGGCCACUCGGAUCUUCAAACUCCAGGUACAGGAUGCAUUGAAGACGAAGAUGAGGACGAAGAUUAUGACUAUGACCACGACUAUUACGAAUAUAAUCAUGGUCAUACUCAUGACCAUGACUAUCAUGAUGAUAAUAAUGAUAGUUGUGUUGACCGGCCGACAAAGUCUUCGCGGUUCAAUCACCUGGAACGGCUGGUCUUCGAUAACAUCAAAUUAUCGGAAAAGUUACUGGUGAGCAUUAUGCGUCGCUGUCCUGCAUUAAAGACAUUGAAUCUCAAGCUCACGGGUGUGAAUCUGCCAAAGAAUAUUUGGGCGCAAUUCCUACCAAACUGUCCUCAGCUGAUGGCGAUUUCAGUCGAUAACGAAUAUGCAGGAAUCGAGGUGGAUGUGCCUCAUGUUUGGGUCUUGGCACCAUCUCUGAAAUAUUUCCGUCUCUCAAGGUCCCAUGGGGCUCAUGUUUAUUUCCACUCGCCAGUAGAAGUAGCAAAAACAAUUCAGGGACUACCUCCAGUCCAGAUCAAUAGAUCCACUAUCAGCCCUCUUCACCCUCCAGGAUCGACUCUUGUAUCACUGGAGCUAGAAAUACGACUCCCAAUUUCAGAUCUUGGCUUACGCUAUGUUAUGACGAACUGCCAUUCGCUAGAGAAGCUAAUCCUUGGGAUUCAAUACUUCACUGACUGGACUCCAGCUACGAUUAAUGAUAACGGAGGCGAAGUUGGGCAUGCUGAUGACUCUUUCUCAACCCUCUCACAAGCCGAGUUCCCACCUUGGGCAUGCGGCCGAACUUUGAAGAGGUUAGAGCUGAAUGCAACAUACAUGCCCUAUGAUCACCGGUUCGACAGUCAAACACAUGCCUUCAUGAGGCGUCUCGAAGAUUUAUUAGUUCUAGAGACAUUGGUUCUUCCCGCAAAGCUCCUGAGCGACCUAUCUGAGAGUCUAAAUCCUGAUUAUGCUGCCUUCAGAAGCAUCCUUGAUCAACUGGACCAUCGACUCAUGUUGCAGGAUCAAUCCCAUGUACAGUCAAUCGCCUUCAAGCUACCCUCACCAUCAUUAUCCAACACUCCUUCUAAUCCGAGUUCCUUUUCUUCCUGCAUGGAAUCUCUGUAUGGACUACAUCCUUCAAAAGGACAGAUACAGCAGCUCUGGGAUCGAGGCAUGUGCAGCCCAAAAAACUUUAUCCCACAUAUACCAUCUGUACGCGAGGUAUCAUUAACUUCACCAGGGAGUUUUCGAUUCUCGAUGGAGAUGCGAUAUCUGCAUAUUCUAAUGGAGGCUCUCCCAGGACUUGAGGUCAUCUGGACCCAAACAGGCCUAUAUGAGAUUGACUGUAUUCGACGGUUCAGACAAACCUUCAAUCAAUUCAAGGAGUUUUAUGGAUUUACAGGGGUUCAGCUCAAUCUGGGAGAUAUAUAA